GACCAAACAAAGAGAAAUUUGUUCACCAUUCACGAGGGCCAUUCUUUCUUGUUCAGAAAGGCCUAUGAGUGCGUGAUUUGCGCUAAUGCUUCUCCAGCUGCUAUCAAUUCAAGAGUUCUUGAUGUUCAAGAACAAAAUGAGAAGCUAAAUCACUCACAUUCCACUUUCUCGACUUGUAAAUCUUCUCAAAACCUCUCGAAUUUCUCCAUUUUUCUCAGAAUGUUGCGUUAUGGCGUCGUAUUUCGUCUCAUUUUUGUGCUGUUUCUUGCCCAUGACGCCAUUGAAGCGACCUCAAACCACGGUAAUCGGUGGUCCGAUCAAGAACCGAUGAUGGUGCCAUUAAUGGAGAACGUUGAGACGAUGACGGCGGUGGCGAUGAAUGGCAACCGGCGGCAGUUGAAGAGCUUCCAGGUUUGUGCUCUCUGUACCUGCUGCGGCGGCGCUAGAGGAAUGUGCCUUCCUUCUCCCUGUUGCUAUGCCAUAAACUGUAACAUUCCUAAUCGGCCCUUUGGCUUUUGCUCGUUUACUCCCAAGACCUGUAACUGCUUUGGCUGCCAUAUUUAAGCAUUGUUCUUAUAUCUAUCUCUGUUUAUGACAUUGAAAAUUGUUCUUAAUUGUUCGUAAUUGUUCUUAAUUGUUCUUAAUUGU